CCAGGGUUCUUCUCCUUCUCCAUCUAGCUCUUCGCCAUCGCCAUCCUCGUUGUGCGCGAUUGCCCUGGCUGCGAAGGAUUAGGUCUUGAACUUGUAAUAAUUGGUUUUUGCCCCUCAUUUCGCCAUCGCCUUCUUCUUCUUCUUCUUGACGAGGGAAUGACAUACUUUUUUGAAUGCGUUAGGUCGUAGCGCUGGCCUCGCAAUCUUCUUCUUCUUCUUCUUCUUCUUCUUCUUCUUCUUCUUCUUCUUCUCGUUGAUUAAAUUGUUUUUACCCCUCAUUUCGCCAUCGCCAUCUUCUUCUUCUUCUUCUUAUAGUUGAUUCAAUUGGUUUUUAUCCCUCAUCUCGCCAUCGCCAUCUACUUCUUCUUCUUCUUCUUCUUCUUCUUCUUGUUCGGUCUUCAUCCUGCGUGCGAUCCGCCUCCUUGAGGAGAAGGAGGUGCUUACCGUCCAGUUGUACCAAUUAAUCAACAACGUCCAGAGUGGCCGUCCAAUCACCAUUUGAAGAGAAGUUUUGUAGUUCCAUUGACAGAACUUCUUUCCACAGUGUGUGUUCUUUGGCGGGGCGGUCCUCGUGUUCGCUCUCUGCCUUUUGAGCAAGCUUUCUUCUUUCCCUUUCUUUUUUUCCGUUUUCCUUUUAGGUCUUAAUAGUAGGCUUUCUUUUUCCGUACUCUGCUUUUUCUGUUUCCUUCCUCUUCUUCUUUUAGUUCGUCUUCUUCGUGGCCCGCUGCCAUAAUGAGGGAGUGCAUCUCGAUCCAUAUCGGCCAGGCCGGGAUCCAGGUUGGUAAUUCCUGCUGGGAAUUGUAUUGUUUGGAACAUGGAAUUCAGCCGGAUGGCCGGAUGCCUAGCGACGAGACCAUCGGAUUGGGAGAAGACGCCUUCAACACGUUUUUCAGCGAGACAGGUGGGGGGAAGCACGUGCCUCGGGCCAUCUUCGUCGAUCUGGAGCCGACUGUCAUUGAUGAGGUGAGGACUGGCACCUACCGACAGCUUUUCCAUCCCGAGCAGCUAAUUAGCGGCAAGGAGGAUGCUGCCAACAACUUCGCCCGCGGUCAUUACACCAUCGGCAAGGAGAUCGUCGAGGUGUGCUUGGACAGAAUCCGUCGUCUUGCGGACAACUGCACGGGUCUGCAGGGUUUCUUAGUGUUCAAUGCCGUGGGAGGAGGUACGGGCUCAGGCCUCGGUUCUCUCCUUCUCGAACGUUUGUCUGUGGAUUACGGCAAGAAGUCGAAGCUCGGCUUCACGGUCUAUCCGUCGCCUCAAGUGUCUACCUCCGUAGUGGAGCCGUACAACAGCGUGCUGUCUACGCACUCGUUGCUGGAGCACACGGACGUCUCCGUCCUCCUCGACAACGAGGCCAUUUACGACAUCUGCCGUCGAUCUCUCGACAUCGAGCGGCCCUCUUAUACCAAUCUUAAUCGACUGGUCUCUCAGGUGAUCUCCUCGCUGACGGCUUCGCUGCGCUUCGACGGAGCCAUCAACGUGGACAUCACCGAGUUCCAGACCAACCUCGUUCCUUACCCGCGCAUCCACUUCAUGCUCUCCUCUUACGCGCCUGUCAUCUCCGCCGAGAAGGCUUAUCAUGAGCAGCUCUCCGUGGCGGAGAUCACUAACUCUGCGUUUGAACCGGCGAACAUGAUGGCUAAGUGCGAUCCUCGUCACGGUAAGUAUAUGGCCUGCUGUCUCAUGUAUCGAGGCGAUGUCGUGCCUAAGGAUGUCAAUGCCGCCGUCGCUAGCAUCAAGACCAAGAGAUCCAUUCAGUUUGUUGAUUGGUGCCCUACGGGAUUCAAGUGCGGAAUCAACUACCAGCCGCCGACGGUAGUUCCCGGGGGCGAUCUCGCUAAGGUGCAGCGCGCGGUGUGUAUGAUUUCCAACUCUACCAGCGUCGCCGAGGUCUUCUCUAGGAUCGACCAUAAGUUCGACCUCAUGUACGCCAAGCGCGCGUUCGUUCAUUGGUAUGUGGGGGAGGGCAUGGAAGAGGGAGAGUUCUCCGAAGCGCGCGAGGAUCUCGCUGCCUUGGAAAAGGAUUACGAGGACGUCGGUGCGGAAUCUGCUGAGAAUGAAGACGAAUUCGAGGAGGAAUACUGAUAGCUUCUUACAAGUAUAAGUAUA